AUGAUAAGGGUAAUAAAUUGCUAAAUAUCAUAUUUAGGGUCUGCAUUAUAUAUUGACUUACAGUUUAGCAGAUAUAAAUCAAUUUCAAGAAGAAAUUUAAUGUUUUAACUAAGCCGUUUGUGUUAAUCCUAAAUAUGAUUUUGCAUUGAUUUGCAAGGGUAAUUUAUUUUUAUUGUAAAUAAUUAUUAGGUAAUGCAUUAGUAUCAAAUUGGAGCAAUAUCAAGAUGCAAUUAAUUGUUUCACCGAAGCUAUUUCUAUUAAU